AUGGAUGACUACUUUGGAGCUCCACCUCAGGCAGGAGAUGCACCAGCUGCACCUCCUGCUCCUCCUCCACCUCCGCCACCACCACCACCACCACCACCACCAGCAGCAGCAGCAGCAGCGGGAGCAGGAGCAGCGCCAGAUCCAUACCAACAAGAUUAUGCACUCCCGUUGGUGACCGUGAAGAUUUUUUGUUUUCCCGCAGCUGCAAUAGGACAAUGA